AAAUCAAACACCAAUAUCUAUCUCUCUCUAACAAGCGGAAGGGAGAGGGGUAACCUCAAUCAAUCUACUACCACGUGAAAUGUCACAUUACCCACUGCAAAAUGUUGCUUUCUUCUCUUUUUACUUCAAAUGGUCCAUGCUCCUGUGCUGUUCUUCAUCUUUUGCCCUAAAUUUGGGCUGAAAUAAACACACAAAGCAAGUAAAAUCAGAUCUUUUUAACUUCUUUCACCCCACCUCAUUAAAAUUAUAGAUAGUACUAGUUGAAAAUUAUAAUAAAUAAUUUCCUUACUUGGUACUCAUUAUGAACAGUUCCACAAACCUCUCUUUUUCUCCUAUAGAAACCCUAAAUUGUUUCAGAGCUUUAACAACUCUCUAGCUUAUAAUUAGGGAAUAAGCCCUAAUAUUUUUCUUAAAGCAAACACAGGAGUAAUAUAAUUUAUUAUCACAAGAACAAUAAAUGUAACAAUGUUUGAUCCAGAUUACAAUAAUGCAAAUAAUAGUUUUGAUCAAGGGAGCAGCCACCCUUUUGAUGAUCAUCUCUUGAACAACUUCCCAUCACACUUGCUUGAUGAUGAGCAGCUUUUCAUAGACACCAUUUUAACCUACCAGCCUCCACCACCACCAACACCACUAUUAUUAACCAACAAACACCUCAUUGAGGAAAACUCCAGUGAAAAAACGGUGGCGAAGGAGAUAAAAAAGAAGGCAAACGACGGCGUGGGAUCGAAAAGGAGGACAAAGAAAGACAGACAUAGCAAGAUAAACACGGCUCACGGGCCGAGAGAUCGAAGGAUGAGGUUAUCCCUUCAUAUAGCAAGGAAGUUCUUUGAUCUACAAGACAUGUUAGGGUUCGACAAGGCGAGCAAGACGAUCGAGUGGUUGUUUAACAAAUCUAGGGCAGCCAUUAAAGAUGUUGCUGAGAAGAGUUGCACUACUAACAUUGUUGACCCUUCAUCUUCUUUAGAAGAAUUGAUCAAUGAUCGUAAUAAUAACAAGGAGAAGUUGUCUGAAAGCAUGAGUAGGAAAAAAGAAAGUAAAGGAGGAAUAAUGUUGAAUGUGAAUGAAAAAAGGAAGGAAGCUAGAGCUAGGGCAAGAGAAAGAACAAAGGAGAAAUUAUUGAUUCAAAAACAAGGAAAAGAAAAGACAUUAUUUGUAAUGAAGAAUAAAGAUCCUUUGGAAAUUAGUGAGGAAAACCCUAAUUCUCUUAUUAAUAGUAGAAUUAGGGUUGAGAAUCAACAACAAUGGAGGCCAUUAGAGGACCAAAUGGCUUCUGUGGGUAUUAUUGAGAAGUUCUUAGCUGCCUCUUCGUCGAUGCCGACUAAUUUCAGUCAAGAUAAUGGGGCAUUUUCCAUGGAAAUGGAGCAAUUUGGGUCAUAUCACGUACAACCGAAUGUACGUUAUUGGUGAAUUGUGAGUAUAACCCUCAAAUUCAAGGCUCUAAUUGUGCAUUCAUGGAGAAGACAUAUGACCUGGGAUAUUAAGGUAUGUUUAGUAUUUGUUAUUAAUAGAUUAUAAACCUUCGGUCUGUUGAUUUGAGCCCCAAAGUGGAGGAAUAGGUUUAUGGUUCUAAUAAGAUCUAUUUGAUUUCAUUAUUUAAUUUGUGUAGUAAGUAUUGUGUAAGACUUCCUUACCCUAAAAUUAAUGUAAGUUCACAUUAAUUUGUUUCUUAAAAGAGGUAUUUUGUAAGUAAAAAGGGUCAUUGUACGACUUGGUCACUUGUAGCAUUAGUAACUCUUUUAGUACAAGUUACCAAUAUCUUACCAUAAAUCAUGAUAGAGACUUAUAAUUGUGUAUAACGCUUGUUUUCUUGUUGGAUGAGAAAAGUUAACUAA